AUGGAAUCGGUCGAGGAGGAGGGGAAGUCCGAGGAGUUGAGGGCCUCCUGGCGGACCAAUUUGUUCGGGGUUUAUGCUAAAGUGUUCAAGGUCAUGUUGUCGAAUUGGAAGGAGAAGGUGGAGUACACCGAGGAGGAAGACCGUGAGAAGGAGCUUGAGGCCCUGGUUUUACCCAGCAACGAGGAAUGGAGGUAUCAGGUGUAUUAUCGCCUAGUCGAUCUCCAACGGGAAAUCGAUUCGGGACUGGAAACCACAUUGAGAAUGGGCGAGGAAGGAGAGACGUUGGAAGAGCCGAGAACGGUAAUGUUCAAACAAAUGUCUCUAUCGAAAACCUUUGAAUGGGAGCCCACUGGCGCGAGCAUGUCGUUCUGGGAGGCAGCCAGGGAAAGAAGUCUAGAGCAAUUCGAUUCCUCUCUGGACUCGGGAUCGAUGACGGAGGAAUUCAGUGAACCUCGUUGGAGAGUCAACGAUAUCUUGCUAGCUGCCAAAGUCCUUCAGAAGAGAUUUCUAACGCAAGUCAUUACGUUUACCGAUGAGGCCGAGAUGAGACGAGUAUUUGGACUGACUUACGAUGUCCUGAGGUAUAAACAAGUGUUGAACCAAACUCUAGAGGACUCAGAUUUCUGGAAGAAAUACCGCACCUUCAGGAAUCGCGACCGGAUCGUGUGGUUGUUACUGUACGACAUGCAGGGGAGGAGGUACUCCAGGAGUCCGCAAGCAACGAUCCAAGCAGCUCGAGACACUGCGUUCAGAGAAGCUGGUAUCGAAGACAUCGAGGAAGCCCUCGUGGAGAGGAAAACGCGCAUAGCCGCGAGUGUCUCGAGGCUCCGGAUAGGGGGAUCAGCUCUGACUCUGGAGCACCUGCUCCCGAUUCACCUGAGAAAUUCCACCGGUGUCUCCUGGACGGACGAGAACGCGAUCGCCUCGGGGUGGGUCAACACGCUGAAAAUCCCGAGCAAAUCCGACUUCAUCAACGAAAUGUCAAAACUGAACUUGAGACUAGCUGCAAGCAGCGAGGAUCUGGGCGAGGACAGCUACAUAUUCGACCCGGUGUGCCCCAAGGUCGUGGAUUUUCACGAGAAAACUCGGGAGAGGAUCGCGAUGUCGCGCCUGGUGGAGACCAAGAGCUUCGUUUUUCUGGAGAGGACUCUCUGUCUUGGAGCGGCGGCACUGGUGCGAGCUGUCAACAAGGGGAAGCUCUGUGGCCCUAUCGUUCUGGCUCAUCCGGUCGCCCCCAGACACACUGGAUACCUCGCGGGACUUCUCGCGGAUAUCGAAGAGGCUGGGAGACUUCUAGCCUUUGGGGCGGGCCUCCAGCGAGGGGAGUACGAGAAUUAUCUCCACGAGUUGGGGUUCACGGAGCGCGAGGUUCGAAUAUUCGCUGAGAAAUACUCCGAGGCCCCCGGAUUUUCCGAGAUGGAGCGAGCCACAAUAGUCCUGGCGACUCCCCCGUGCAGCUACACCGGUAUCCGAGACAUCGUGGACUUAUCAGUGGCUCGCGGAGGUGACACCGAGCUCCUAGAAUCCCUCACAACCGUCGACGACAAGUCCCAAUUGGAGAGGCCGCAGAGACUCCUCGCGGAGCAGCUCUCGAGCCUCAAGUACGCCCUGACGAGGCCGAACGUCCAGCUGCUGAUCUACCAAGUUCACAGUGUCCUCCCUUCCGAAACCACGGAGAUGGUGGAGCAGGUGGUUGAUUACGCCAACAAAAUAGCGACCGACAAGUACAGGAAAGAGCACACGAAACGCAGAUCUCCGAAAGACACAAGUCCCAAGAGUGCCGGCAGGUCUUCGAGAGCUGGGAAGCAAUCGUCGAUCCACCAGGACUCGAAAAGUCGUUCUCACGAGGAAGAGGAAGACGCGGAGAUUACGAUUGUGACAGACAUUCACGUGCCUGACAGCGAUUUGUUUGAGAUUGGUCACAUGUACGACCUGAAUAUCGACGAAUCGAGUGUAACAAUCCCAGAGUCUCAGAACGGGUGUUAUCUGGGACUGGUGAGGCGAAAGGAGAUGAUGCAGUUCAAUUCCCUGUUCAUGAUCAAAGUCGCCGAGUCCCGGGGGCUCUUUGGGGACCCCAAUGCCAAGCCCAAGAGUCCGGAACAUCCGGAGCCACUCAAGGAAGAGCCCAAGAGUCCUGAUGGGGGCAAGAAGAAGAAGAGAAAAGGGAAGAAGACCAUCAGCUUGGGGAGAAUAACAGCUCCAACUCAUGCGUUCAUCUUGAGGUCCGAUAAUCGCGGAACCAGGAGGCAGUCUGUGGAUGACGCGUCCAGUGGCUUCUCCUGGGGGAGGGACAGGCUGUCUUGUCCGAAGUACAGCCAACGGGUCGCGAAGAACGAGUGCUCACUCAGCGCUCAAGUACGUGAGACCAGGCGGAGUGACGCCAGGAGGUGGUGGGAGCAGUCUGCGACGUUUCUCCUUCACGCUGCCAGGUGCAAAUCCUGUAAAUUCAGGAUUUUUCACACCGACCCUUGGACACGGCGCGUUUUAUAUCCGCCGAGGGUGCAGAAGAUCGUGUUCAGUGGGGAUAUUUGA